GAGAGAGAGAGAGAGAGAGAGAGAGAGAGAGAGAGAGAGAGAGUAUGGCAGCGAAAGGAGAGAAAAACGUGGCUGUGUGUAACAUGAAGCUCGAGAGGCUUCUCAGCAUGAAAGGCGGCAAAGGACAAGACAGCUAUGCCAAUAACUCUCAAGCUCAGGCGAUGCACGCACGAUCGAUGCUCCACCUCCUCGAGGAAACCCUAGAUAACGUCGACAUCAGCUCCUCCGGGAAUCCUCGGCUGUUCACGGUGGUCGAUCUGGGCUGCUCCUCCGGAUCCAACACCGUUCACGUCAUCGACUUCAUCGUCAAACACAUAUCGAAGCGGUUCGAGCUCGCCGGAAUAGAACCGCCGGAGUUCUCCGCCUUCUUCUCCGACCUCCCGAGCAACGACUUCAACACUCUGUUUCAGCUUUUGCCUCCCCUUGUCUCCAACUCUUGCAUGGAGGAGUGCCUUGCCGCCGACGGAAACCGCUCCUAUUUUGCCGCCGGAGUGCCCGGAUCUUUUUACCGGCGACUCUUUCCGGCGAGAUCUAUUGAUGUUUUCCACUCUGCCUUCUCCCUGCAUUGGCUCUCCCAGGUGCCGGAGAGCGUGACGGAGAAGAGAUCGGCGGCGUACAACAGAGGGAGAGUGUUCAUACACGGGGCGGGAGAGAAGACGGCGAAAGCGUACAAGAAGCAGUUCCAAGCUGACUUGGGAGGGUUCCUGAGGGCUCGGGGGCAAGAGCUCAAGCGAGGUGGGUCCAUGUUCCUGGUCUGUCUCGGCCGCACCUCCCUUGACCCGACCGACCAGGGUGGUGCCGGUCUCCUCUUCGGCACCCACUUCCAGGACGCCUGGGAUGACCUUGUCCUCGAGGGCCUGGUGACGGCGGAGAAGAGAGAUGGCUUCAACAUUCCGGUUUACGCCCCGAGCCUACAAGAUUUCAGGGAGGUGGUGGAGGCGGACGGAUCGUUCGUGAUGGAGAAACUGGUGGUGUUCAAAGGGGGAAGCCCGCUGGUGGUGAGCGAGCCGGAUGACGCGGUCGAGGUCGGGAGGGCGUUCUCCAGCAGCUGCCGGAGCGUGGCCGGAGUGCUGGUCGAGGCUCAUAUCGGGGAAGAGCUCAGCCACGAGCUGUUCACGCGGGUGGAACGCAGAGCCACCCGCCAUGCCAACGAGGUCUUGGAGAAUCUGCAGUUCUUUCACAUCGUCGCUUCCUUGUCUUUCGCUUCAACUAGCCGAAACUAAGUAAAAUAUAUGUUAAGGGACAAGGGGAAAGAAUUAACGUUUUUACAUUCGAGUAAGUUUUCUCUUUUUGGCAUUUAGGGUUUUUUUUUUCAAUCUUUUCUUGUCCCUUUUGUCCCUCUGGAAUCUGGCUUAAGUUCUCUUCGUUUUAUUUUCAA